AUGGAUUUUGAGUCUCGCACAGGUCAGAUUGAAGGUCCCACCAAUCCUAUCGGAGGACCAACGAAUAAUGCACAAUCUGGUCAGGCUCAUGCAGAUUCGGUGGAGGCUACUGGAGCUACUCCUGGAGCUGAGGCUUUAAAAGCGAUGGAAGGUCGGCUUAUGAAUGCAGUCCGAGAUGCAGUUCGAGAUGCUAUGAAGGGAGUGAAGGAAAAAGUCACUUCAUUGUCUACGCAGCUAGGUCUUCUAGAAGAGGAGGUGAAAAGUCUUAGGUUGAGUGUUCCCGGAAGUGACAAUCCGGCGGUCCAAGAUGAUGGUGAUGGUAGUGACAAUAGCGAGUCGGAAGAAGAGGAUGGUGAUGUGGGUGGGGAUAAGGAGUCGGAGGAAGAGGAUGUUGAUGUGGGUGGGGAUAAGGAGUCGGAGGAAGAGGAUGGUGGUGACAAUAACGAGCCAGACGAAGAGGAUGGUAGUGACAAUGAUGUUGAAGAUACCAUUCUCGAUAUUUCAAAGGAUGUGCAGAGGGAAUAUGGUGAUGUUGACAUGGAUGAUGAUGAUGCGGAGAUGUAUGCACAUGCUGUGGAGGCCGAGAAAAAAAUAAAGACUAAGGCAGCAGAGUCGGUAAACACGAAAAAAAUGAGGUCGAGAAAAGAUGAUGACAAAGAAGCAGUUCCUGUGAAAAAGGUUAAGGUGGACCGUGGUGAUAAUGUGAAGAAUCCCAUUCAGCUAAGAAGCAGGGCAGCAGAGGAGAAGACAGCAGAGAAGAGGACCAGAGGUGCAGAGAAGCAGAAGGCAGCUGCUGAGAAGAAGGCAGUUGCGGCAGCUAAGAAGAAGGCAGCUGCUGAGAAGGAGGCAGCAGCUGAGAACGAGGCAGCAGUUGAAAAGGAGGCAGCUAAGAAGAAGGCAGCAGCUAAGAAGAAGGCACCAGCUAAGAAGAAGCAGAAGAAGCCGAAGACAAAGAAAGUAGGUAAGAAGACCGAGUGA